AUGGUUAGAGUUUAUGCAUCCGUCAGCAUCAAGGUGCUUCUGAAUGCGACGGCGGCACACUUUGGGUUCAGGCCGACUUAUAGGAGGGUUUGGUUGGCAAAGCAGAAGGCCGUCGCCCACAUCUAUGGUGAUAGGGAUGACUCGUAUAACGAGCUGCCGCGGUGGGUGUUAGGAAUACAGUUGACGAUGCCAGGUAGUGUUGCAGUCCUUAGAACGAGUCCUGUCCGACUUAGGGACCAGGUUGAUGGCUCGCAAGCCUAUUUUCACCGGCUUUUCUGGACGUUUCCACCAUGUAUUGAGGCAUUCCGGCAUUGCAAGCUGUUGGUGAGUAUUGACGGCACCCACUUGUAUGGUAAGUAUGGGGGUAUGUUGCUCGUCGCGAUUGCACAGGACGGAAACGCCAACAUCCUGCCUGUUGCAUUUGCACUCGUGGAGGGUGAGAAUGCGGAGUCUUGGUCGUUCUUUCUUUCCCAUCUCCGACAGCACGUGACCCCGCAACCGGAUCUCCUGGUUAUAUCAGAUAGGCACAACGGGAUCAAGGCUGCGCUUGAGGCUCCCGACGAAGGAUGGCUACCUCCUGCUGCAUACCAUGCAUUCUGUAUUCGACAUGUGGCAGCAAAUUUCGCCCUGACAUUCAAGGGCAAGGACACAAGGAGGCUUCUUGUGAAUGCAGCUUAUGUGAAGACUAAGGUAGAAUUUGAUUACUGGUUUGAUAUUCUGCGGUCUGAAGACCUUGCCAUGUGUGAGUGGGCGAACAGAAUUGAGUAUUCAUUGUGGACUCAGCAUCGGAACGAGGGUAGGAGAUUUGGACACAUGACGACAAAUAUCUCCGAGUGUGUUAAUUCAAUCUUAAAGGGGGUCAGGAAUCUUCCGGUGUGUUCGCUGGUGAAGGCUACUUAUGGAAAGUUGGCAGAGCUAUUCAUUCAGGCCAAUCUGAAGACGGCGAGGUGUUUCACGGUGACUUUGUACAACAGAGAUAACUCGAAGUUCACCGUCUCAGAAACCACUCCUACUGGUUCGUUCUCACUUGGUAGCUACAAAGUGUCACUCGGGACUCAGACAUGUGACUGCAGAUAUUUUCAGGCACUUCAUUACCCGUGUCCUCAUGCCUUGGCAUGCUGUGCCUAUUCACAGCUUACUUGGCAGCCGUAUGUCUACCAAGUGUAUCAUCUUAGCUCGGUGUUCAGUGUGUACCGGAUGGGGUUCACACCUCCCAUUCCCGAGGGAUUUUGGCCACCAUACGAUGGGCCGACAGUGAUACCAGACCCCACCAAAAGGCAUCCAAGUGAGGGACGUCCUAGGUCCACCAGGAUCCGGACUACUAUGGACGAGGCUAAUUCGAACAGGCCGAAGAGAUGCGGUCUUUGUAGGCAACCAGGACACACACGCCGGAGUUGUCCACAAGGCGGAGGAGCAAGGCACACUGGGGGAGAUGAGUAG